AUGCAAGUUUAUUUUGCUCUCCUUUGCUUCAAACUGGGUCUGCUGAUGAGAGCUUCUUUUGGAGGUAAGAUAUGGAAUUCAGUUUUGAUCUGCAGCGAUAGAAGUUGACGUUGCAAUCAAGUUGGAAGGAACUUGAAGAAAGUUCAGGAAUAAGUACUCCGCAAAAAAUUGCUCUGAAGAAUCAAAAUAUUUUGACAAAAGCGUUCUACUCUCGCAGGAUCUCGGCCCUCUCGUUUCCCUGUAAAUUUUUGGCCAUUCUUUCGGUAACUGAAUGCGUUCAGUCGCGUACUUACUCUCAUAAGUACUAUUAUCCAUGGUGCUGAUACUGCAACUUAUCAAAUAUAUAAAAACGUAACUUGACAGACCAUUGCACCCAGGGACUAUACUAUCGUAUAGCCGAAAGCGAGCAGGUAUUUUAGAUAACACCGACAGGACUUGGUAAAACAGUCCGUUACUAAUUGCAAAAUUUUUCCUUCACUCGCAUUAAUGGAAUUUCUAAAAAAAAAUUUGUAGACUGACUAAUGAUCGACCAACGAGUUUUUAACAAAAUAAUCAGACCAAACUCUCCCCGUUAAUGAAAAUUAUUGUUUAAUCUUUUGAAUUUGCAUAGAAUAUUUGCUUAGUUAUGGCUGAUGCUCUGCGGCGGUUGAAAUGGCAGUUCAUUAUUGCCACAAAGCAUUUGAUGGGGGGUCGAAUUUCUCAAGGUGAACUCAUACCUAUUUAAAUUUUUAGGAAAUAGAUUGGAAAUUUUUAAAAUUUUUAUCUACAAAGAUCGUUACGCUAUUCACAUUGCUGAUCCUAGCAGUAUAUAGGACGCGUGUCACAUGAACUUCGUAAUAGACCUCUGUCUCUGUCUCUGUGGCUCAGUGGUAGAGCAUCGGAGCUAGCGCGGAAUCCGAUCGUCUGAGGUUCGAUUCCUCAUGGGAACUCAGAAUGUUUUCUUUGUCCCACGCUCGUGAUGAGAUGAUAAAAACAUCUUUCUCUACAUUUGAAGUCUUAUCAAAAAUACCUUUUAAGACUGCACAUGUAUGCACGUCCAAAACGUUUCUACUGAUAAAACUAUUUUAUUAUUAUUAUUUUUUUUUUUUAAUUUCAAAGCGAAAAGAUUUGAGAAUUUUAUCUGUCAAGCCACAUUAUUUAGUUACCCAAUUAGGAAUUGAAAUUUUGAAGUUGAACUCGAAUUUUCCGGAAAAUCCUACAGUUCAUCGUAUGAGUAAUUUGCUUGAACUGUUAUCUUUAAUUGAUAGCAUCUAGUUACUACCGAGUGAAAUCAGUUCAGCACGCAAUGUAAUUUCUAACGGGUAAAAUUAAUUUAACUUUCCUAUUCAUGACAGAGGCAGAAAUUCCGCCAUUCAAAGAUCAAUGCCUGAAGUGGCACAACGUGUACCGUGAAAAACACCAGGUAAAUAAAAGCCGUAUAGACUUCUCACUGAGAGUAAAUUGUAUAAGCAUGCAGGUUGCAGUAAUUGUUUCCAUGAAUCAACUCCACGAUCCACCUAAGGCUCAUCGGGAUAUCAAUCACACGGGAAGUUUGGAGACCUCCAGGGAUGCCUCAGAGUUACUUUGACGCGUAGCCCGGAGAAAAUCUAGCUUCUUGAGUGCAGUUCAAACUUUUCAAGUGCUUCAUAUCUCGAUGAAAGCAUGGCUGACGUGUGAAUCAAUUGUUUUGUGUAUCAUUUUCAAAUCGAUAUUUCGAACACUGUUGAAAGAGAAAUUUGCCUAAAAUGCUCCAAUGCGUUAUCAGCGUGCAUUUUGGGAAUGUGAAGCACACUUGCGUUACUGAAAUUGAUUGUACAAACUCACUGGCUAUUAUAUAAUUUCAACUAGUUUACUGAGUACGCGUACGUCAUUCCAAUGUCUCACCGUCAAAUGUCCAAAUGUUCUGUCAAAUGGAGAAGAUCUCUAAAUAAUCCACUUUACCUACUUAAGUUACCAUCAUAUUAACAUUUUUCCUUUUGUCUAUACCCUUUAUAUUGAAUGUUUGCUAAGCGAUCGAUCGGCAUGGCGGGAAAUUAUUUUGCAAAACGCAGGUUGAUCCCGUGACGUGGAGUGACGCUCUUGCCAGUGGCGCCGAAAGUUGGGCAAACUAUUUAGCGCAAAACAAUCUGUUUGAACAUACGUCUGGUCUUCAAGUUGGGGAGAAUCUGUAUCUCUCUGGUUCCCCUUUACCUGAAGAGCCUUGUACUUCGGCUACUCAAGCUUUCUACGGAGAAGUCAAAGAUUAUGAUUUUAAAAAGCCUGGGUUCUCCAUGGAUACUGGACACUUCACUCAGGUGAAUUUACUUUAAAGUAGCUUCAGUUAUAUCUGUUACCAAAAAAAGGUUUCAAAUGAAAGGACAAAGGCUCCCAUGCAGAUCAUUGAGCCUCUUUCAACCCAGGACUAUAUAUGUGUAGCGGUGGACUUUUCGAGAGACCUGACCUGUAGGUAAUUAAUAAACAGAUUUCAUGUUUUGUGAUUGGAAUAAUAAUGGGCUCAGCUCGCCAAAGAAAUAGAGAAAGAUGUUUUCCGUCUUGUAACGAGCGUGGGACAAGGAAAACAUUCUGAGUUCCCAUGAGGAAUCGAACCUCAGACCUUCGAAUUCCGCGCUCCUAUGCUCUACCACUGAGCCACAGAGACUCUCUAGAGAGCAAGACCCAGAUUUCAUUUUGCCGUGCCUUUGUGCAAUGUCAGACAUACGAGGCUCAUCCGAACAGACUCGCGGUAACAUUUAACAUAUUUUUCCUACCUAAGAUAGACAUAAAAAAAAAUGUUAAAGGUGACGUCAUCUGCGUAUCUGUCUUCGAAUAGAUCAGAUUAAGUAUUUUAAACAAAUAGAUUCUAUGCUGCCGUGCUGAGUGUGUCACUGAUAUCCAUAAGACAAUUUAUUAACGAUUUUUGUGAUCUAUUACUAUACACAGCCACGGUAACCUGGAAUCUAUUUUUUUUUUAUAUGAUAAAAAGCAAAAUGCUGACGUUAUCUAAGCACUUGCCCUUCAAUAGAUCACAAGUGAGAACCAAUCAAAAUGGAUUUAAAAGUCAACUUAUCAUGUGAGAUUCAAUUGCAUUGGGGUAACAUGUUCUUCAGGGGGAAUAGUGAUACUCUGUACUCACUUCAUGCUUCCGAAACCAUGAUAAACUCCAUCGGGAUGAGCUCGUGUUCAUUCUUUUCUCUUUCGUGUUCUCCCAGGUUGUUUGGAAGAACUCCAAACAGAUCGGAGCCGCUCAGCAAGUAAGGAGAGAUGGAAGGCUUGUUGUGGUGAUUCGCUAUAAUCCCCCAGGAAACUUCAAUACAGACGGAGCUUUCGCUGCAAAUGUUUUGCCUGCCAGACUUGAUAAUGGAUCCGGAGUUUGUGAUGUGCGUUCUCCUUCGGUUUUCACUGCUUAUGUGGUUGCUCUUGGACUUAUUUUCAAUUUCCUCUAUUGAUGUAUUUAUUUGAGCAACACUUUGAUUAAGGAGUUUCCAUCUUUAGGCUACAGAUGCACAACUUUGUGAUAAACUAUUCACACACGAUCGAAUAAAUUUGUAAAUGAACUCAUUGCAAACGUUAACAUUUUUAGCCUUUGUAUAAGUUGCAUCAGUGAUCUGAUUAGUUGCUGUUGUACAGUGAUGUAGUUUUAUUGCAUUUGGAAGGACAGGAUGCAGUUCUGUAUAGGCGUCAGAAGUGGAGAUAUGGCCGGAGAAUUCUUAGUGCCGAAAUUCAUGUAAAUGACAUAUUGCAUACAACUGAACGCAACCGUAACAUGCUAAGAAAUGCUAGAAAACGACAAGUAUUACUCUUCAUGUAAAGGGCGCCUGUCGAUAUUCUGUUCGACAAGCCUUUAAUUUUAUAAUUGAUAAACGGUACGGUACUCUGGUUCUUGUGAUAAACAAGUUUCGUUUUCAAUAAAUUUUCAUUGUACACAUUACACUUAUCAUUUUCAUUUUUGUGUAGCUUUCACGUUUCGCCGCUAUAACAACAAAACUUAAAUUACAUAAAUUCGCUGUGCU